GAAGCUGGUGCUUUAGCUUUCUAGCAAGAGGACUUGCAUGUUACUCCUCCCUGUCUUCACCAGCGGCUUUUGAAAAUCAGCAGAAGCUCCUGACAUAUAAAUGAACAGCUAAAAAAUCCUCACAAAUGAUGGCUGCAGCUUCAGCUGAUGUCCAGACCAAUCUGCCAUACACAGAAGCCUUCUGGAGUAACCAAACUAGCUCAGCCAUAAAUGCCUCGGAAACUCAAAACAACGUCAGUUGCUCAGAUGACAAGUCACUGUCACUUGCUUUAAUAGUUUUUUACUCCAUUAUCUUUGUCAUUGGAUUGGUUGGAAAUAUUAUAGCCCUGUUUACUUUCCUGUGCAUUCAUCAGAAAAGGAAUUCUAUCCAAGUUUACUUGCUAAAUGUCGCCAUUGCAGACCUUCUUCUGAUCUUCUGUCUUCCCUUCCGAAUAUUCUACCAUGUUACAGGACACUGGAAGUUUGGACCCAUUUUCUGCAAGAUUGUAGGAACUCUAUUUUAUAUGAACAUGUAUAUUAGUAUAGUACUGUUGGGACUAAUUAGUCUAGAUCGUUAUAUAAAAAUAACUAAGUCUGUGAAGCGUCCUAAAAUGUUAACUACUACACGAAGUAUACAUAUUUGUUUCAUAGUGUGGGCAAUUGCGCUAACAGGAUUGAUAGUAGUAGUUGCACCAUCUUUCUUUAAGAGUCAGAACAGCAAUUCUACUAGGUGCUUUCAUUACCGAACUAAACAGAAUGCAAAGACAGAAGCAAUUUUAAAUUAUAUUAUUGUAGUAAUUUUUUGGAUAGUUUUUUUUCUUUUGAUACUUUCAUAUAUUAAAAUUGCCAAGAACCUUCUGAAAAUUUCAAAGAAAAGAGCAAAUUUUCCCAAUGCAGGAAAAUACACCCAGACAGCAAGGAAUUCCUUCAUUGUACUCAUUAUUUUCACCACCUGUUUCGUUCCUUACCAUGUGUUCCGGUUUGCCUACAUUACAUCACAGUUACAAAAUCCAUCUUGUUAUUGGGAGAAAAUCAUUCACAAAUGCAACGAGGUGAUGCUCAUAUUUUCAUCAUUUAACAGCUGUUUAGACCCAGUUAUGUAUUUCCUAAUGUCCAGAAGUGUCCGUAAGACUGUAUUCCAACUUAUUUGCAGAAAACUCCAUGGAGAUUCAGGCCUAGCUACGGAAAGCACUUCAGAAAUAAAACUUGGACAAUAUACACAAGAGCGAUUAUCUACUACUACUGCCCACUCAAGUUCUGUGAAGAAGAAGUCUCUGAUUUGAUUGUUUAAAUGAAUGGACACUGGCUUCUUUUGUCAUUCCAGGAUAUCAAUUUAAGAUGUACCAAACGCAAUACUGUACAGCUACUAAUCCUGCCUCUUUCUGCCUGUUAAAAAAUGAGAAGUCUCACUUCCGUUUCUGAAAAUGAGAAGUAACUUUUCAGAAGUAUUUCACUCUCGUUUAUCCAAGAAAACAAAAUAGGAAGUUCCAGACAUCAUCUGCUGAACUAAACUAGAACACUAACUCUUUAAGGAAAUUUCCACAAGGUGGUUUGAACCUGUAUAAGGAAUCUUGUAUAUAGACGUUAAUAUUAGCAACUUGUGUAUAUAAAUAAUAGAUGGAUUUUGCAAAAUGUAAAUUGUGUCCUAUUCAAAAGAGCUAUUAAAACCAUUACAGAUUUUA